CAUUAAAAUCGCUGUGGGAAGCAGCUGGAGGAGAAAGAAAUAAAAACACCACCGUCUGCUAACAUCGAAUCUUCAGAAUAACUGGAAGCAGCCAUGCCAUUUGGCUGUUUAACCUUGGGUGAAAAGAAGGAUUACAAUAGUCCCACUGAGGUUACUGACAAAUAUGACCUGGGCCAGGUGGUCAAAUCGGAGGAGUUUUGUGAGAUUUUCCGAGCUAAAGACAAAACCACACAGAAAAUGUACACCUGCAAGAAGUUCCUGAAGAAGGAUGGGAGGAAGGUGCGGAAGGCGGCGAAGAAUGAGAUUCUCAUCUUGAAAAUGGUGAAGCAUCAUAACAUCCUCCAGCUGGUUGACGUCUUUGAGACAAGAAAAGAAUACUUCCUCUUUUUGGAACUAGCUACGGGCAGAGAGGUGUUUGACUGGAUCUUGGACCAGGGCUAUUACUCGGAGCGUGACACUAGCAAUGUAAUCAGACAAGUGUUGGAGGCCGUGGCUUACCUCCACUCCCUCCGCAUUGUGCACAGGAACCUGAAGCUGGAGAAUCUUGUUUACUACAAUCGCCUGAAGCACUCCAAAAUUGUCAUUAGCGAUUUUCAUCUUGCCAAGCUGGAGAAUGGUCUUAUUAAAGAGCCCUGUGGCACUCCUGAAUACCUUGCUCCAGAGGUAGUUGGCCGACAGAGAUAUGGCAGACCAGUGGACUGCUGGGCCAUUGGAGUGGUCAUGUACAUCCUACUGUCAGGAAACCCUCCUUUUUAUGAUGAGGGGGACGAUGAUGAUGAUGACAGUCAUGACAAGAACAUGUUCCGGAAAAUUCUGACAGGGGACUAUGAGUUUGACUCACCCUACUGGGAUGACAUCUCAGAUUCUGCUAAAAGUCUAGUUGCAUCUUUGAUGGAAGUGGACCAAGAUCAAAGACUGACUGCACAGGAAGCAAUCAGCCAUGAGUGGAUAUCUGGAAACGCUGCUUCAGACAAGAAUAUUAAAGAUGGCGUAUGUGCUCAAAUUGAAAAGAAUUUUGCCAAAGCUAAAUGGAAGAAAGCAGUACGGGUGACCACCUUAAUGAAAAGGCUCCGAGCUCCAGAUCAGAGCGACUCUGGGGCCUCCAGUCCAGCAAUAGGAGCAUCCGCAGGGUCUCUGACUCCAAGCAGCACCAUGGCCGUAACCCCCGAACCCCCUCGCACCGCCCUUGAGCUCCAGCAAAUAAAACCAGAGGUUGCCGUUUCUCCAUCACAGUGUAAUGGUGAGAUUCCAGGUCCUCCGUAGAGAUUCGGUGGAGAGCAUUGAAGAGUGAGUGGCUAAAGGGAAAACAUCUGGAUGUCCACAAAAAGCAAACACAGCCAAUGCAACAGACAUAGUAAUAUAAUACUGGUGGUCAACCGGAUCUUUUUUGUUGGUAUCUAUUUAAUCACAAUCAUUUAAUUUGGAUUUGAUGUUUAAAAAUUGAAACAGUUUGUUAAAGAACACAAAAAUAUCUUGAAGUCCUUUUUAAAAAGCGCUGAAGGAAAAAGCUGAUCAAUUAAACCUGAAAUAAAAAUGUAAUCUCUUUGAUUGGCUUUGAACUUAAGUUGACAUAAAAAAUUAAUAAACGGGCGCUCAGGUGGUGCAGCAGUCUAUUACUCUAGCCCACCACCACUGAGAUCUCAGUUCAAAUCUCAGCGGUGCUAUUAGCUCGUCACUCUUCUACACAGACAUGAUUGGCUGUAUCUGUGGGGGAGCUUUAUUUAGGUGAUGGCCGAAGCCCUGUGAUGGAUUGGCGCAUUCCUGCCGUACACUCAGUGUCUCCCUGUGGAAGUAGACCUGCUACAACAAUGACCAGAAUAAAACAGUACAUAAAAAUGAAAUGAAAACAAAAAAUAAAUAAAUUAAUAAUAAAUAUAAGUAAAACUCUAGCUGCACAACUACAAUCAACUCCAGAAUUACUUACACUCCUCCAGCACUGGUCAUCAAGACAAGUCACUUCUUUAUGCACAUUCCAUUUUUACAUCUAAAGGUAUUUUAGAUUUAUGAGUGUGCACAUGUAACGUCUCCCCUUUGAAUUACACCCAG